CAAUUCUACCCCAUACUAUAUUGAGAUGUUCAGAACAUUGCAAAACAGAUUGGUUAGUGCCAAACCUGUAUUUCUUGCUGCUCAACGUGGAUAUGCUGUAAAGUCUGUCCCAUUGACUGCCGAAACAUAUUCGACUAAAGUUUCUAGAAAUCCAAAUUUCAAAAAACUUGAUGAACAAGACUUGCAACACUUCCUGUCUAUUCUUCAAGAUCCUCAUGGUUUAAUUACUGGUGAGGAUGAUCUUCUCUUCUACAAUGAAGAUUGGAUGCGUAAAUAUAGAGGUCAAUCUCAGCUUGUAUUAAAACCAAAAUCUACUGAACAAGUUUCGUCAAUCUUAAAGUACUGUAACGACCAAAAACUUGCGGUUGUUCCUCAAGGUGGUAACACCGGUUUAGUUGGUGGUUCUAACCCUGUUUUUGAUGAAAUCAUUAUUUCUUUGGCCGGAUUAAAUAAGAUAAGAUCAUUCAAUGAAGUCUCAGGUAUCUUAAAGUGUGAUGCUGGGUUGAUUUUGGAAAAUGCUGAUAAUUAUUUAGCUGAACAUGGUUACAUUUUCCCAUUGGAUUUAGGUGCUAAAGGUUCAUGUCAUGUUGGUGGUAAUGUUGCCACUAAUGCUGGUGGUUUAAGAUUGUUAAAAUACGGAUCUUUACAUGGAAGUGUUUUAGGUUUGGAAGCUGUCUUACCUGAUGGAACUAUUUAUAACUCUAUGGAAUCCUUAAGAAAGGACAAUACUGGAUAUGAUUUAAAGCAAUUAUUUAUUGGAUCUGAAGGUUCAUUGGGAAUAAUUACUGGUGUUUCUAUCUUAUGUCCUUCAAGACCACAAGUCUUUAACGUUGCGCUUUUGGGUGUUUCUUCGUAUGAAGCAGUUCAAAAGGUUUUCGUUGGUGCUCGUAAAGAACUUUCUGAAAUUUUAUCUGCAUUCGAAUUUAUGGAUGGUAAGUCUCAACUUUUAACUGGUCGUCAUUUAAAGAUUGACCAUCCAAUCGAAAGUGCUGAAUAUCCAUUCUAUAUUCUUAUUGAAACCAGUGGUUCUAAUAAGGAACAUGACGAUGAAAAGUUGGAAACUUUCUUGGCCAAUACCAUGGAAGAAGGUUUAGUUGAUGAUGGAAUUAUUGCUCAAGAUGAAACUCAAUUAAAGAACUUGUGGGCAUGGAGAGAAUCCAUUCCUGAAGCUUCUACCAUUGGUGGAGGUGUUUACAAAUAUGAUGUCUCCCUCCCAUUAAAAGACUUGUAUGGUUUAGUCGAAGCAGUUAAUGAGAAGCUUGUUGAAGCUGAUAUGGUUGGAUUUGAUGAUGAAUCUAAGCCAGUUGUUGAAGCUAUUGGUUACGGACAUGUUGGAGAUGGUAAUUUACAUCUUAAUGUUGCUGUUCGUGAAUACUCGAAAACAAUUGAACAAGUUUUAGAACCUUUUGUUUAUGAAUGGAUUCAAUCAAAGAAGGGAUCUAUUUCUGCUGAACAUGGUUUAGGUUUCCAAAAGAAGAAUUACAUUGGAUAUACCAAAAAUGACGUUGAAAUCAAAUUAAUGAAAGAUCUCAAGAAACAUUAUGAUCCAAAUGGAAUCAUGAACCCUUACAAGUACAUAUAAUUGAAUAAAUUUGGACAAUAAAUACUAUUUUGUAUGAUACUCAAAGCUUAAAAUAAAUAAAUCUAUUUAAUAUAAAUGAAUGAUU